CUAAAACAUAAUACAGUGCAAACAAACCAAACCAACCACCCACAGAUAACAGUACAUACAAGCAAGCGUCGUCAGGCAGGCCGGGUAAAUAUCAAUAGGGCAGGUAGGUACAGGGGGCAGCAAGCGGAGAUGGGUCGGGGUCACAGGCCAGGUUCAGCAGGUAGCAAGCAGCGUGGUACAGAGGGUCAGGCAGAGGGAUGGUCAGGAGCGAGCCGGGAUCAGAGCAGGAGAAGUCAGCAGCGGUUCAGAUCAGGCAGGGUCAGCAAAGGAACAGAAACAGGAUGCAGGACAGAUACAGGGCCCAGGACAAACACAACACCAAGGCAGAGUCUGCAAGUCUGGCCA